UACUUUUUCUGGGAGACGCAGCGGCCACAGCUUGUGUGUGAGUGAGUGUCGGUGUUGCUGUCUGACCGAGGUGGUGACUAUCACUUGAAAACAUGAGGCUGCUAUUAGUUGGAGUGUUGGGCUGCUCCCUGGUCCUGUAUGUCCAGGCUAUGUACUCAGCCAGUGAUGAUGUGGUUGAGCUCACUGUCUCCAACUUCCACAGAGAAGUGAUCCAGAGUGACAGUCUGUGGCUGAUAGAGUUUUACGCUCCCUGGUGCGGUCACUGUCAGAGUCUAGCUCCAGACUGGAAGAAGGCGGCCACUGCCCUAAAGGGAAUUGUCAAGGUCGGUGCCGUGGACGCCGACCAGCACAAGUCACUGGGCGGACAGUACGGCGUCAGAGGAUUUCCCACCAUCAAGAUCUUUGGAGCCAAUAAGAACAAGCCAGAGGAAUACCAAGGUGGACGCAGUAGCCAGGCCAUUGUGGAUGGAGCCAUGAAUGCUUUACGCAGUCUGGUAAAAGAUCGGCUGAGCGGCAAAUCUGGCAGCUCUGGCAAACAGCAGAGCGGCGGCAGCAAGCAAGACGUCGUCGAGCUCACAAACGACAACUUUGACAGGCUGGUGCUGGACAGUGAUGACGUGUGGAUGGUGGAGUUCUUUGCCCCCUGGUGUGGACACUGCAAGAACCUUGAGCCGGAGUGGGCGGCUGCAGCCUCAGCCGUGAAGGAGCAGACCAAGGGCAAAGUUCACCUCGGAGCUGUGGACGCAACUGUACACCAGGAUCUGUCCAGCCGCUAUGGGGUCCGUGGAUUCCCCACCAUCAAGAUUUUCCGCAAAGGCGAGGAGCCUGAAGACUACCAGGGAGGCCGCUCCCGCGGGGACAUCAUCAGUAGAGCUUUGGAUCUGUUCUCUGACAACUCUGCUCCUCCUGAGCUGCUGGAGAUCGUGAGUGAGGACGUCUUGAAGAAGACCUGUGAGGACAGUCAGCUGUGUAUCAUUGGCGUCCUGCCUCACAUCCUGGACACAGGCGCAGCUGGAAGAAACGGUUAUCUGGAGGUAAUGGCUAAAAUGGCUGACAAGUACAAGAAGAAGAUGUGGGGCUGGCUCUGGAUUGAGGCAGGAGCUCAGAUGGAGCUGGAGGCAUCUCUGGGUAUUGGCGGGUUCGGUUACCCCGCCAUGGCCGCCAUCAACUCGCGCAAGAUGAAAUUUGCUCUGCUGAGAGGCUCCUUCAGUGAGAGUGGCAUUCACGAGUUCCUCAGGGAGCUCUCCGUGGGCCGUGGCUCUACCGCUACUCUGGGAGGUGGAGUCAUGCCUAAGAUUAACACUGUUGAACCGUGGGAUGGCAAAGAUGGACAGCUUCCUGUGGAAGAGGACUACGACCUCAGUGACAUAGACCUGGAUGAUGACUUUGAGAAGGAUGAGUUAUGAGCUCAAAUGGGACGGGAUCUGAUUCAGACUGGCUUGGUCGGGUCUGGUCUGGUCCAGGUCUAGGUCCUGCGCCACCCACCUCCCCUCUCCUGUGGACGAGCGGGAGGCGCGGUCGCCCAGUUACUGAAAUACUCCAGAAAAGACACAUGAGAGACACCUGCAGUUUCUCACACCAUCUAUGUCAGUCACAUGGGGAGAGGGAAGGCGGGGAGGGGGGUGGAGGGUUUGUCGAGUCCCUGGAGUGAACUCUGAGUCACGUACCUGCUGAACAGAAGAAGCUGCAUAUUUAUACAACUGCCACCAGCUGAGAGGAGGAAUGAGGAGUUUCUGAAUGUGUCAUUUCAUUGUUCAAGUCUUUUUCAAACACCGUCCCUUCUCUGCUCUUCAGCCUUCUUCAAAUACCUAUUUUAGGAAGUGGACCUGUCAGAGUAACACUUCAGUCCAAUUCGGUGUGUCUAAAUAUUCUUUGCUCUU